AAAAAAAAUGGCCCAGGGAGUUCAAUUUGGGGAUUUUGUCAGUUGGUGUGAUGGUGCAGUGAAGAUUUUGAAGCUUGAAUUUUCUUUGAUGUAGGCAUUUCUGUAUGGCCCAAACUGAAGGGUUUGUGUCUCUCAGGCACACACAACAUAGAGGAAACACUCCUAGAUCUCUUGUACUAGCUGAUGUAGUUCCCUGCAGAUAGCACUUGUGUUUCAAAUCUCAUUUUAAGAUGCUUAAAUUUCCUCAUAUGGUAUAUAUGGUACUUAAAUGUCUAACUUACAGGCUUUAGGUAUCACAAUAAAUAAAUCAAUCUCCCUGGUAGUGUCUUAAUUAGUGCAGGAAUAUGCCAGAAUUCGGAGGUGCUUGCUCCUGCCUUCAUCACAGAGUUGUCUUCUUUCUUCUGCCUGUGGGGUCCCACGGGGUGAAAACAGUGCUGAGGCCAUCUCAGACCAGGUUUCUACCUUAAAUAAGCAAGGAAGCGGGGCUGUGCAGGCAUGAAUUUGUUUGCACUUGACACACUGUAGGUGCAGUCUUAUUGAGGGAGGUCCUCAGUUUCCACAAUAGAUAACUUUCCAUUUGCUCACAGAGCUUGUAGCUGGAGAAUACCAGUUUUUUUCUCAAACUUGCAGUCUUAAAUUACUGUUGAAACGAUUUUAAAAACCAAGACUAGCUUAGAGCUAUGUAGAUGUUAAUACUAUAAAAUAAUGAUAACAUAAAAUAAUUCUCUACUCACUAGAAUAUUUAUUUUUAAAAAAUCACAGCCUAAAAUUCUUCGUUUGAAAAACCUGUGAAAUUUCUCAAAUAAUUUAUCCUUACUCCAGUGAAAUACCAUUAAAUUACAAGGGAAAAAGGUAUUAAUUUGUAGAAGAUACAAAAGCAUCUAAAGUGUGUUUUUAUUCCAGAGAAGAAGGAGGGAAAAAAAAGAAAAUUGGUGGGUACUGUUUUGUGUGCAAUUCCCAAGUAUAUUUUAAAAACAACAUUGAAUUUUUAUAGCCAAAUUAUAUUUUCUGCUAACGGGGAGCUGGGGAGGGAUGAAUAAGAGAAUGAUUGACAAAUCUUUUAGGGCCUGAUUUUACAAGAUGCUGCGCACCUCCUGAUUGCUGCCAAUCACUUUCAUUUUCUUUCAGUCGAUCCGAGAACAUAUGGCAUUAUUCAGAUGGUGCUGAGCACCUUCAAUCACAGUCCUCAUAAUACCACAACAUCCUCAUUCUGUGCAAAUGUGAGAAUUGCUGUUGACAUUUUAAAUUGGAGGGUUAUUUGGUCUUUGUCUGGACAAACUCCCAGCUGACACAAAUGAAUGUUCUGCCUGAAGAAGGAUUGCAACAGUAAACAAUAAAUAAUCAAUUGUAAAAGCACUACUGUAUUUAUACAAACUAUGUGGAAUAUCAACUUGAUUUAUAAAAUUCCAUACCUCUUCCACUUUUAUUGGAUGGGGAAAAAGCACCAUUCUUGUGGAGAAUUGAAGUUUAGUUUACUCUCAGUGCAAAUUUUGAAAAGUGGAAACUGUGGGUGUUAUGUGCACAAAGCAGUUGAUUUAAAGAGAUCAGAAAGGCAUUUAAUUUAAAAAUAAAAUUUAAAAAAUCAAUUUCAACAUACUGAUUUGUCCUGCAUUACAGUUACCUGUAGAGAUCCUCUAGUCAUGUCUAUCUGUUUUUGAUGCCUCUACAGAAUAACUGUCCAGCAUCCUCUGCCCAACCAAUCAGAAUGUAGGAAAAUCUACCGAUAUGACGGAAUCUACUGUGAAUCUACCUACCAGAAGUAUGUUGAAAUCUGUUUUACAAGCUUUGAGGAAGGAAAAGUCCCGAGAUGCUGCUCGCUCUCGCCGGGGAAAGGAGAAUUUUGAGUUCUAUGAGUUGGCAAAGUUGUUGCCACUGCCUGCAGCCAUUACCAGCCAGCUUGACAAGGCAUCCAUCAUCCGACUUACAAUUAGCUAUCUGAAAAUGAGGGACUUUGCUAAUCAAGGUGAUCCUCCAUGGAACUUGAGGAUGGAAGGACCUCCACCUAAUACAUCAGUUAAAGUUAUAGGUGCCCAGCGCAGGAGAAGUCCCAGUGCCCUUGCCAUUGAAGUAUUUGAAUCACAUUUGGGAAGUCAUAUAUUACAGUCCCUGGAUGGAUUUGUAUUUGCACUAAAUCAAGAAGGAAAAUUUUUGUACAUUUCAGAAACUGUCUCCAUCUAUUUAGGCCUGUCCCAAGUGGAACUGACAGGCAGCAGUGUGUUUGACUACGUCCACCCAGGAGACCAUGUGGAGAUGGCAGAGCAGCUGGGCAUGAAGCUUCCCCCGGGGCGAGGCCUUCUCUCGCAGGGUACAGCCGAGGAUGGAGCCAGCUCAGCAUCCUCAUCUUCCCAGUCCGAGACCCCUGAGCCAGUGGAAUCUACAAACCCCAGUUUGCUAACCACUGACAACACUCUAGAGCGCUCUUUUUUCAUCCGAAUGAAAUCUACACUGACCAAGCGAGGAGUGCACAUCAAAUCAUCAGGAUACAAGGUGAUUCAUAUAACAGGCCGGUUACGUCUGAGAGUGUCGCUGUCACACGGACGGACAGUGCCCAGCCAAAUCAUGGGACUUGUUGUUGUUGCUCAUGCUUUGCCACCUCCUACAAUUAAUGAAGUCAGGAUUGACUGCCACAUGUUUGUCACUCGUGUGAAUAUGGACCUCAAUAUCAUUUACUGUGAAAAUAGGAUUAGUGAUUACAUGGAUCUGACCCCUGUAGAUAUUGUAGGAAAGAGAUGUUACCACUUCAUUCAUGCUGAAGAUGUGGAAGGCAUAAGACAUAGUCACUUAGACUUGCUGAAUAAGGGUCAGUGUGUAACAAAGUAUUACCGCUGGAUGCAGAAGAACGGAGGUUAUAUCUGGAUACAAUCUAGUGCAACCAUAGCUGUCAACGCCAAGAACGCAAGUGAGAAGAAUAUCAUUUGGGUCAAUUACCUCCUUAGUAACCCAGAAUACAAGGACACUCCAAUGGAUAUUGCACAACUUCCUCACCUACCAGAGAAAACCUCAGAAUCCUCAGAGACCUCUGACUCUGAAUCGGACUCAAAGGACAACUCAGAGGACAAUGAGAACUCAAAGUCAGAUGAGAAAGGAAACCAGUCAGAAAACAGUGAAGACCCUGAAUCUGACAGGAAAAAGUCAGGAAAUCAGUCAGAUAAUGAAAUGAACUGUAAUGAGGAUGGGAACAGCUCCAGCAACCAGGACAGCAGGGACAGUGAUGACAGCUUUGAAAACUCAGACUUCGAGAAUCAGAAGGCUCCUGAGGACAGUUUUGGCACUCUUGGCUCUAUGCAGAUCAAGGUGGAGCGUUAUGUUGAGAGUGAGUCAGACUUGCGGUUGCAGAACUGUGAAUCACUGACCUCUGACAGUGCCAAGGACUCAGACAGUGCAGGUGAAGUAAAUGCCCAGUCUUCCAGCAAACAUCAGAAGAGGAAGAAGAGGAGAAAAAAGCAAAAGGGAGGCAGCAUGACCCGGAGAAGGCUGUCAAGCACCUCAAGUCCAAAUGGACUUGACUCAGCUUUGGUGGACCAGCCCCAGCUGCUCUCGUCACCAAACAGUGCCUCAGUGCUCAAAAUUAAAACAGAAAUCUCAGAACCUAUCAAUUUUGAUAAUGAUAGCAGUAUUUGGAAUUACCCACCCAACAGGGAAAUCUCAAGGAAUGAAUCACCCUACAGUAUGACCAAGCCCCCCAGCUCCGAGCACUUCCCUUCCCCCCAAGCCAGCAGUAGUUUACAUGUCUCCAUUCCAGACUCUGUUCUCACGCCUCCAGGGACUGAAAAUACUGCCAGCCGUAAAACUCAGUUCAGCACCUCAUCCAACUCGGCCUUGGCUCCAGUGUCCUCUGACCCUUUGUCACCUCCACUUUCAGCAUCUCCAAGGGACAAACAUCCAGGAGGUCCCACAGCGUCCAACUCUUUGUUGUACACUGGGGAUCUGGAAGCCCUUCAGAGGUUACAAGCAGGCAAUGUGGUGCUUCCUUUGGUUCACAGGGUAACAGGAACCCUUGCUGCGACCAGCACUGCUGCUCAGAGGGUCUACACCACUGGCACUAUUCGCUAUGCUCCAGCUGAAGUUACUUUAGCCAUGCAGGGCAACCUCCUCCCCAACACCCACGCUGUUAACUUUGUUGAUGUUAACAGCCCCAGCUUUGGGCUGGAUCCUAAAACGCCGAUGGAAAUGCUCUACCACCAUGUUCACCGACUCAAUAUGUCGGGACCGUUUGGAAGUGCUGUGAGCGGGGCCAGUCUGACCCAAAUGCCUGCAGGGAAUGUGUUCACGACUGCCGAAGGACUUUUUUCCACUCUUCCAUUUCCUGUGUACAGCAAUGGCAUUCACACUACACAGACUCUGGAACGGAAGGAGGAUUGAAAUAUGACCACAUACUGUGUUCAGUGUUACACUCUGAGGCAUAGACUAUGUUUUAAUUUAGACCUUUAAUUCUAGCACUUUGAAUUUGAGCAGGUCAGCUUAUUAUCUCAAUAUGAUGGUCCCCAUUUCAUUCCCUUUCUCUUUAACUUGACUUAUUCUUUAAUGUAAAGAUAUUUUUUUAUUUUUGCCUUCAGAGAGUCGAAGUACCAGUUGCCUGCCAUUUUGUCUUCUUCUAAGAUGUGUGUUUUUUCCUUUGCAUCUUUAUUAAGAUGCCUUUAAUAUGUGUAUGCCUCUGCCAUAGAAUACUCAGUGUUGUGGUAAAGAGAUUUUAAAGUGACAACCAUUGGUUUUACUUCAAAAUGAUCUUGAUAUGAUCAAGAUUAAAAGAGACAAGCAUAAACAAUGUGCCCUGUUUGACUAAGUCAAAUGAAAAGGGGGUUUUGUUCCUAAUUCCUUUAAAAUAGGGGAUAGUAUUUUAGAAUUUUAUGCAGAGUUUAAUUCUCUUUUUAUGGUUAAGAUUUUCUUACUUGCACAUAAAAUAAUUUGGGUUCUUAAAAAGUUAAUUUCUGGCCUGUGACUAGAAUGUUAAAAAGUUGGACUAAAUGUUAAUUACAGAAACUUUAACUUAAUUUCUAAAACCAUGGUGCUAUCAUUUAUUAAUCUGUAAUGUCUUCAUACAAUAUGCAGCUUGUGGGCUGGGUUUUUUGGAAAGAAUGUGUUCCGUACUGGUUUAUAGUGGGGUGCUGCAGUCUCCUUGGUUAGUUAAGACAAAAGCCCUCAUUAACAUUUGCUGCAGGACUUAAAAUUUGUUACCUCCAAACUAACAAGCAUAGCCUCACAUCAAAUUUAAAUGGGUCAGGAAGCCUUUUUCAAAAAGAGCUUAAAAACAAAAAACUCAAUUUAAUUGACGCGAGGAGCAGUUUCUUAGGUGCAUAUUGUUUUGCUUUAUUUUUUUCUCAGUGUAACUGAGGCUAAUUUUACAACAUCAAAUAACACUUCAGAGUAAAAAAAAAAACAGAAGAACUAUUUAACAUGUUUUAUUUUGUUUUUCAUUUAAUAUUAUAGAGGGAAGGUUGUAAAUUUCUUUUUGUUCUUUGAUUUGGGUAUUUUUUGUUGUUUUCUUUUUCCUUAUUUCUAGUGUUGAAACCAAUAUGUUUUAAAACUAAAGGAUGGGUUAAUAAGCUUGAAAUAGAUAACUACAACUGAAAACUGCACAUUAAGUAAAAGAAAAGAAAUCUCCUAUUUUGUCUUUGUUGCCAGAAAUCACAGUGUAGUGUCAAACACUCCAAAUGACUGUCAAAUAUAAAUUCUUCUUCCACUCCAUCUUUGGCAGCUGUUUGUUAAGGCAUCUAAUAACAGAUGUGAGAACUGUAAUGUGUACAAUGUGUAAGUGUCCUUGGCUGUCAGUCCCAUUGCAGUUUCAAUGUGUGUUACUAUAUGCAGUAUAUACUAAGCUAAUGUAGUUGUUUUGUCCUUUGUCUUCUCUGUGCUUUAUCUCUAGUCCGGAGUGGUAAAGUCCCAUUCCUGCAGUCCUAGUGAACCAGUGAUUCUUGGGGGUUAGUGGUUUUUGUGUGGUGGCCUUCCUCUGUAAUGUCACCUUAUGCUGCUUCCACUGUCUGUAUACCUUUUAAUUUCUGCUGUUGCUUUGCUGUUGUGUAUUCUCAAACCUCUCUGUCCCCCUUCCUUUCUCCCCUCCUCCUCCACACGUUUCCCGUCUCUCUUUCUCUCGCUCUCUCGUUCUCUCUUCUUCACUCUCAGAGAUAAAAGACUCUUAACUAGCUCAAGGUUAAUGGAGCCAUUUUUUCCCACAGAGGAAUUCUGGGUAUGACUUACUCUUCCAGUGUACCCCACAAUGCACUACAGAGUAAUGCUCAGAUAUAUUAAGCAAAUUGACGCCAUAUAGCCUCAGUUGUUAACAUUCCCAGAGUCCUUGUGCUCGAACUGUAAGCAGAGGGUGCAUUUCUUUGGUUUUCUCCUAGGUAGGCUGGCAGAGCAAUAUGUAGAGCAAUUACCAGUGAGAUAGGAAAUUCUUUCAAAGGUCAACUGGCAUUGUUUAAAAAGGAAACCGAGCUUAGAAUUGUCAUAUAUAUUCGCUUACGUGUGCAAUGCUAAUGUAUUAACUCAACUGUCCUUCGAAUUUUUGAUCACUCACUGCAUUGAGUCAAUUUCUCCGGUAGCUUUGAAUUUGAGAAGCAGGUCCAAGCCACAGAGGAGUGAUAGCAAAAAAGGAAUUGGACGCUAGAAAUUUAAUUAAUGAGCUUUUAAAGGUUCCAUGGGAAGGAUUUAUGUAGGUCUGAAAAAGGCGAGAAAGCUGAUUGGGAAAUUCAAAGUUUAAUUUUGGAAACUCUGCUCUAGCUAUGGAACAAUCAAAGGACUGCACCUAUCAGCUACAAAAAACAGCUAGACAGCUGUUGUUGUUUUGGGUUUUUUUUAUAAAUGUUUCUGUGUUGUGUCAAAAUGAUUUCUGGUGAUUUAAACUAACAGAUAAUCACAGCUGCUGUCUAAAUCCAUAGUGUUUAAAAUUACAAAAUGAAAAAAAAACUUCAUUACCUGUGAAGACUGUGUCUGUGUUUUUAACUAUUUCUUGUACAAAUAUAUGAAAUCUUUUAUGAGGAGACUGGUGCCAAGUAGCUGAAUAAUGGGGAAAGGGAUUCUGUUCGUAUAAAUCUUAGCAGUGUUACCAACUCUACAAUAUAAAAAAUUAAAAUGUUAAAAAGUGACAGCUAUGGUACAUUUAUUUUGUGUUAAGCUAACCGAAUCUAACUUCUUGAGUGCCUGGCUUAUUUGAAACAUUUUUUUCAUUGAUCAUUGAUAAUGCUGCAAAUCAGAAAUGUACAUACUUCAUUUACAACAGGGUUCUUUUUAUACUUUUGUAGAUUCUCAUACAUGUCAUACAUGGUUGUCUUUAUGUAACUUAAUUUUUUUUCAUCCCGCAGGUGCCAUUUUCAUAAUAAACUUCUCUUGGAUUUGUUACUAUCUGGCAUCAUUUCUUUUACAUAUAACCAUCCUGACUAAUGAAUGCUGGUAGUAUUUGUUUGAGCAGGUAUUUUUUAAUCAUUUUAUAAAAAAAAGAAAAAAAAGAAAAAAAAGAAAAUAACUAAAAUACAAUAAAAAAAUAAAAACGAAAGAGGAAAAAGCAAGAUUUUGUUAACACUUGUGAAAUGAAGAAAGGAAGCUAUCAAGAUGUAGGUUAAGAAUGCUAAUCCAAAUACUACAACAAACUUGCCACCAUUCUAAAUUCUCAGCUACCCCAACUCAUUGUCAUAUUGAGCAUUUUUAUGCACAUUAUCAAAGCUGAAUAAUGAACCUGCAACAUUAACCACUAUAGAAAGUGUGCAUUUUUUCCUUGAUUAAUGCACACUGGAAGAGGUCAGCUUUUGUACAUUAAUCAUUUAAAAUGCACUUUAUAUUUUCAUUUUUGUACUCUACAAUGUUACAGUGAAACUCUUCAGUCACAUUAUAUCCUACCUAGGCUGCUGAUUCUUUUAAAUGUGUACUUUCUUUCCCCAGAGUGGCGACCUGUAAGUAGAUGGUGUCA